AUGAAGUUAAGACCAUGUUAUCUUGAUGCAACAUACAGUUACAUACCUAUGUACGUAGAUGAUUUAAAAAUUCAAACUGAGAUUUUCAGCAUCCGGAACAUGACUAGUGUACUUAGUUUUUGUGGCUGCCGUGCUAUUGAGCUUCUAAGAGAUUUGAGAUUCCAUGCUUAUCUAUCUAACACUUAUCAUAACCCAAGACUCAUGCUGCUAUCUGCAGAUGUCGGUGUCAUGAGUGGCGCAAUCAUCUACAUCCAGAAAGAUCUCCACAUCACCGAGUUUCAGGAAGAGAUCCUAGUUGGUUGCCUAAGUGUGAUCUCACUCUUGGGAAGCCUGUCAGGAGGAAGAACGUCCGAUGCCAUCGGCAGGAAAUGGACAAUGGGCCUUGGUGCGAUCAUCUUCCAGACCGGUGCAGCCAUCAUGACAUUCGCUCCUUCGUUCACCGUGCUCAUGAUAGGGAGGCUUCUCGCCGGGGUGGGCAUCGGCUUUGGCGCCAUGAUAUCUGCCGUCUACAUUGCCGAGAUCUCCCCCGCGGCUGCCCGGGGGACUCUCACAUCCCUCCCUGAGAUCUGCAUCAACUUGGGGAUCCUUCUCGGCUACGUUUCCAAUUAUGCUUUCUCGGGCCUCUCCGAGCACAUCAGUUGGAGGGUCAUGCUUGGUGUCGGUAUCCUCCCGUCUGUCUUCAUCGGCGUCGCGCUUUUUGUGAUCCCGGAGUCCCCCAGGUGGCUGAUGAUGGAGAAGAGAGUUCCAGAGGCCAGGGCGGUGUUGCUGCAGAUAAGUGAAUCGGAGGCUGAGGUUGAAGAAAGGCUGGCUGAGAUUGAGGAAGCCGCAAAUAUCAUGAAGUCGGUUAAUUCUGAGGACAAGGCGGUGUGGAGGGAGCUGCUGAACCCUUCUCCGGCCGUUCGUCGGAUGCUGUAUGCUGGCUGUGGUAUUCAGUUGUUCCAGCAGAUCACUGGAAUUGAUGCUACUGUCUAUUACAGCCCAACAAUUUUCAGGGAUGCUGGAAUCAAGUCUGACCAGGAGCUUCUUGCAGCAACAGUUGCUGUUGGAUUUACUAAAACGAUUUUCAUACUGGUUGCCAUUUUCCUCAUUGAUAAAGUUGGGCGCAAACCGCUUCUGUAUGUCAGCACCAUUGGCAUGACGGUCUGCUUAUUUGCCUUGGGGACUGCACUUACAUUGCGAAAGCAUGCUGAGGGGCUUAUUUCUCCAAAUCUUGGGAUUGAUAUGGCGAUCUUUGCAGUUUGCGGGAAUGUGGCAUUCUUUUCGAUCGGGAUGGGACCGAUAUGCUGGGUGUUAUCUUCAGAGAUAUUUCCUAUAAGAUUGCGAGCUCAGGCAUCAGCACUUGGUCAAGUAGGUGGCAGAGUGGGCAGUGGCUUGGUUUCCAUGUCGUUCCUCUCCAUGGCCCGUGCUAUAUCCGUGGGGGGAAUGUUCUUCGUCUUUGCAGCGAUCUCGACCGUCUCCGUUGUGUUUGUGUACUUCUGUGUGCCGGAAACUAAAGGGAAAACUCUGGAGCAGAUUGAGAUAAUGUUUGAAGGUGGCAAGGAGUGGAAAGGAGGUGGCGAGGUCGAGCUUGAAGAUACACAGCAUUUAAUUCAGGGUGACAAGAAAGCUUUCUCUCUAGGUUGA